AUGUCCUACCCGACGCGAUCGUUAUCCUCGCACAUGCGCGCACCAAGCGCCUCGGCAUCGUCAAGCGGACAGUCUCCAGCUUUAAUAGCGCGUAUCGAAGAAAAGAAGGCAGAACUCGAAAAUCUUAAAGAGCUUCGAGAGCUUAGUGCUGCGGUCGCAACACAAAUGGAAGCUUUGGAGCAGAAGCUUUCAACAUUGUCGGAUGGAACAGAAGCAAUUGCGGCGGUCGUUGGUAACUGGCAUAAUGUGCUACGUGCCAUCAACAUGGCAUCUUCCAAACUUGCGAAGACGGCAGCAGACCAGACACAAGCACCCGAACAAUCGACAGGACCUCUUCCUCAAACUCUGGUCCGAAUCCCAACAGAACAUGCGCCAGCAUUACAGGCUCAAGCAGAAGCCGCGGAGGCGGCUGCAGAGGAACAGCAAUCAUGA